GGCACUGCUACCAAUGACCUCAAAUGUCAAAAAAUUGACAUCACAUUUAAAAAUAACCUCUUUGCAAUUCCUCUCUCCAGCUUGUUUAACGCAAGAACCAUGGUUGCCGGCACCUUGUACACGUAUCCCGAAAAUUUUCGUGCUUAUAAAGCACUGAUUGCUGCAAAAUAUUCGUCUGCAGAUGUCAAAGUCGCUUCUAAUUUUGUCUUCGGAGAGACUAACAAGACUGAAGAAUUUUUAAAGAAAUUUCCUUCUGGAAAGGUACCUGCUUUUGAAUCUACUGAUGGAAAAUGUUUACAAGACAGCAAUGCUAUUGCAUAUUAUGUAGCAAACGACCAACUUCGAGGGAAAAGUGAUUUCGAGAAAUCACAGGUGCUUCAAUGGAUAUUUUUUGCUGAAACUGAAAUACUGCCUGCUUCUUGUGCCUGGGUAUUUCCAGUCUUAGGAAUUAUCCAAUUUGAAAAAAAGGUGUUUGAAAGAUCGAAGGAAGAUGUUAAAAGUGCAUUAAAUAUCUUAGAUGCUCAUCUUCUAACAAGAACCUAUCUUGUAGGAGAGCGUGUUUCAUUAGCUGAUAUUGUUGUAGCCUGCACCUUACUUCAUUUAUACACUCAUGUCCUAGAUCCAGAGUUUAGAAAACCUUUUGUAAAUACUAACAGAUGGUUCACAACAGUAAUCAAUCAGUCCCAGUUUAAAGAAGUUGCCGGUGAAGUCAAAUUCUGUGAAAAAGUAGCUGAAGUUGAUCAUAAAAAAUUCCAACAGUUACAACAGCAACAACAAGUUAAAGGAAAAGAAAAGAAAGCACCUAAAGAAGAAAAGAAGAUUCCUGCAAAGAAAGAGAAAAAGCAACAAGAGAAAGAACCUGAAGAAGAACUUGAUGCAGCAGAUGCAGCCUUAGCUGCAGAACCAAAAAGUAAAGAUCCAUGGGAAUCACUACCUAAAGGAACAUUUGUGAUGGAUGAUUUUAAGAGAGUUUAUUCCAAUGAAUCUGAAGAAAAAUCAAUUCCUUACUUCUGGGAAAAGUUUGACCCAGAAAAUUAUUCAAUCUGGAAGGGAGAAUAUAAAUAUAACAAUGAACUUACAAAAGUUUUUAUGAGUUGCAAUCUUAUUACAGGAAUGUUCCAGAGAUUAGAUAAAAUGCGUAAAAAUGCUUUUGCAUCAGUUUGCUUAUUUGGCACAGACAAUGACAGCACUAUAUCUGGUAUAUGGGUAUGGAGAGGCCAAGAUCUUGCUUUCAAUUUAAGUCCUGAUUGGCAAAUUGAUUAUGAGUCAUAUGCAUGGACUAAACUUGAUCCAAAAUCAGAAGAAACAAAGAAACUUGUAGAGCAAUAUUUUUCAUGGACAGGUGCAGACAAAGAUGGACGGAAAUUUAAUCAGGGAAAAAUAUUUAAAUAAUCAAAUGAUUCACAAACGGUUUUUCUUUUUUAAAAAGUGGUUUCUGUGCUUACAUGUUCAUUUUUAUAUUAACAAUAGGUGAAAAGUGUUUUCAAAUAUUUAUAUUACUAUUCAAUACUAGUACUAUAGUUAUAUUGCCAAGAAACAGUUCCAAUUUAUUUCAAAUGUACCAUUUUUCCAUACUACUCCUUGGAGUCUUAAUGAUUGUAAAUAAAAGAAAACAGUAAUUCA